UGUCAGGCUUAUUCGCGCUUAACUUGUCGAAAUUUUGGGGUGCAGGUGUCACCGAGCGUAAAGUAUAGCUAGUAUUAUUGCACAAUAGUUUCAUAAUUAUUUAUUAUUAGUAUUUCAUUUGCACUUUCAAUCAAGAUAUUACAGCAACCAUGCACGUGAUCAAGCGAGAUGGACGCCAGGAACGUGUCAUGUUUGACAAAAUCACCUCCCGAAUCCAGAAGCUCUGCUAUGGACUCAAUGCAGACUUUGUGGAUCCUACCCAGAUAACCAUGAAGGUCAUCCAGGGUCUAUACAGUGGUGUGACAACAGUGGAGUUGGACACCCUGGCCGCAGAGAUUGCUGCCACUCUCACUACUAAGCACCCUGACUAUGCCAUCCUGGCUGCCCGCAUUGCUGUCUCUAACCUGCACAAGGAAACCAAGAAGGUCUUCAGCGAUGUGAUGGAGGAUCUCUACAACUAUGUGAACUGUAUGAACGGACGCCACUCCCCCAUGGUUUCCAAAGAGACACUCGACAUUGUCCUAGCCAACAAGGAUCGUCUGAACUCUGCGAUUAUCUUCGACCGAGACUUCUCCUACAACUUCUUUGGAUUCAAGACACUGGAGCGUUCCUACCUCCUGAAGAUUGAUGGAAAAGUGGCUGAGCGUCCUCAGCACAUGCUCAUGAGGGUGGCCGUCGGGAUCCACAAGACGGACAUUGACGCGGCCAUUGAGACUUACAACCUGCUGUCUGAGAAGUGGUUUACCCAUGCCUCCCCCACCCUCUUCAAUGCGGGCACCAACCGGCCACAGCUGUCCAGCUGUUUCCUGCUGGCCAUGAAGGAUGACAGCAUUGAGGGAAUCUACGACACGCUGAAGCAGUGCGCCCUUAUUUCCAAAUCGGCUGGGGGCAUCGGCGUGGCUGUGAGCUGCAUCAGGGCUACGGGCAGCUACAUUGCAGGGACAAAUGGCAACUCGAACGGCCUGGUGCCUAUGCUGAGGGUGUACAACAACACGGCACGUUAUGUGGACCAGGGCGGGAACAAGAGGCCCGGGGCGUUCGCCAUGUACCUGGAGCCCUGGCACUUUGACAUCUUUGACUUCCUGGAGCUAAAGAAGAACACAGGGAAGGAGGAACAGAGGGCCAGGGACCUGUUCUAUGCCCUUUGGAUCCCUGAUCUCUUCAUGAAGAGGGUGGAGAGCAACCAGGACUGGUCUCUGAUGUGCCCCAGUGACUGCCCAGGCCUUGAUGAGUGCUGGGGGGAGGAGUUUGAGAAGCUCUACACCAGGUACGAGAACGAGGGCCGGGCUAAGCGAGUGGUAAAGGCCCAGCAGCUGUGGUACGCUAUCAUUGAAUCACAGACCGAGACGGGCACUCCAUACAUGCUCUACAAGGAUGCCUGCAACAGAAAGAGCAACCAGCAGAACCUGGGCACCAUCAAGUGCAGCAACCUGUGCACGGAAAUUGUAGAAUACACCAGCAAGGAUGAGGUGGCUGUGUGCAACCUGGCAUCCAUUGCCCUCAACAUGUAUGUGACGCCAGAGCGCACCUACGACUUCAAGAAGCUGGCCUACGUCACCAAGGUCAUUGUGAAGAACCUCAACAAGAUCAUCGACAUCAACUACUACCCGGUGCCUGAGGCGGAGAACUCCAACAAACGGCACAGGCCCAUUGGUAUUGGGGUGCAGGGGCUGGCAGAUGCCUUCAUCCUGAUGCGCUUCCCCUUCGAGAGCACUGAGGCUCAGCUGCUCAACGCCCAGAUCUUCGAGACCAUCUACUACGCCGCCCUGGAGUCCAGCUGUGAGAUGGCCGCCGAAUUCGGGCCCUACGAGACCUACGCCGGCUCGCCCGUCAGCAAGGGGAUUCUUCAGUAUGACAUGUGGGAGAAAACCCCGACAGAUCUGUGGGACUGGAAGGCACUGAAGGAGAAGAUUGCCAAGCACGGGGUGCGGAACAGUCUGCUGCUGGCCCCCAUGCCCACUGCCUCCACCGCCCAGAUCCUGGGCAACAACGAGUCCAUCGAGCCUUACACCAGUAACAUCUACACGCGCAGGGUGCUGUCCGGCGAGUUCCAGAUUGUGAACCCUCACCUGCUGAAGGACCUGACAGAGCGGGGACUGUGGAACGAGGAGAUGAAGAACCAGCUCAUUGCUCAGAACGGAUCUAUACAGGGCAUUGCUGAGAUCCCAGAUGACCUGAAGGAGUUGUAUAAGACUGUGUGGGAAGUAUCCCAGAAGACGGUCAUCAAGAUGGCUGCAGACAGAGGGGCCUUCAUCGACCAGAGUCAGUCCCUCAACAUCCACGUUGCUGAACCCAACUACGGAAAGCUCACCAGCAUGCACUUUUAUGGCUGGAAGCAGGGCCUGAAGACAGGUAUGUAUUACCUGAGGACGAAGCCUGCAGCCAAUCCCAUCCAGUUCACCUUGAACAAAGAGAAGCUGAAGGAGACCCAGCAGACCAAGGAGGUGGCUGCAGAUGCCCAGAAGGAACGCAACAAGGCCGCCAUGGUGUGCUCCCUGGAGAACCGGGACGAGUGCAUGAUGUGCGGAUCUUAAAUCUGUUCACUACCUCCUCCUCUUCCUCUCGUCUCCUCCUCCCGCUAUCUGGACCUUUCCUGAAGUCCUAUUCAGAACAGUUUUGCCAUGUGGAUGUGUGAAAUGCUGUUUGACACUGGGGGGUGGUCUGCAUUCACUUAGUAUAUGCUCUUUUUUUUUUUUUUUUGCAGUGGUUGAAC